AUGGCGGCGUGUAUGAUCGCAGUGUGUGUGAUGGUGGCGUGUGUGAUCGCGGUGUGUGUGAUGGUGGUGUGUAUGAGUGCGGAGUGUAUGAUCGCAGUGUGUGUGAUGGCGGCGUGUGUGAUCGCGGUGUGUGUGAUCACAGUGUGUAUGAUUGCGGUGUGUAUGAGUGCGGCGUUUGUGAUCGGAGUGUGUGUGAGUGCGGUGUGUGAUGCCGGCGUGUGUGAUCGCAGUGUGUAUGAGUGCGUGUGUGUGAUCGCGGUGUGUAUGAGUGCGGCGUGUGUGAUCGCAGUGUGUGUGAUCGCGGUGUGUGAUCGUGGUGUGUAUGAGUGCGGCGUGUGUGAUCGCGGUGUAUGA